AUGUCAGGUGCCUCCAAGCCCUCGGACCGCCCAGUGACUGCCGAAGAGCUUCAAAUGGUUCGAGAAGUGCUUGCGCGCAUGCAGGCUCAGGGCUCCUCCGGAGUGAAUCCAGGCAGCACUGCCUUAGCUGCCUUGUCCUCCUUCGAGUCGAGCUCGAUGCUUGCAGGCAUGACUGAUGCGAGCAAGCGCCAAAGGGAUGAUGAUUUGCUGUCACACCUAGGUGAGGGCCCCAUGUCAGAGGAAGUGGGCUUCUCUGACGCCGGCUUCAGUGUGGUGAGCUCACCAGUGGGGAAGUACCAAAAGUCUCCGCAGAUGCCCGUGGCCCCGAAGAAGACGGUGCCAGAUGAGAAGAUUCAGCUCCCCACCGGAAUUCCCAGUUUGACAGAGUGGGGAUGCACAGUAUGUGAGCUUCCGCGUGUCAAGGGUGACAACAAGACUUAUCAUGAACUGGCCGUUGACCCAGAGUACAGCAGCUAUCUCAACUGGAUUGUGCAGCAUGGGAAAGGCAAAGGAGCCAGGUGUGAAGACUUUCGCAAUUACUUGAUCUUCGGCGAUUUUGUGAAAUCCGGUGCUUCCAGCAUCACUUUCCCGGGAUCUUCUGAGAUCCGCAAGAUCCGUUUUCCGUGA